ACCUCCCGAGAGAAAAGAAAAGCGAAGGGCCUGUCUUCCUCCUUCUCUCCUCCCUCUCCCCUUCCCAUGAGAGGAUGUGCUGGGUUGGGGAGGGGCAGCUCUGGCUCUCCCAAGGCCUGGCAUGUGGGGGCCACAUGCUGGGUCCCCCAGAGAGCCUAAUGCUCAUUCUUGGGUCGGGCUUCCAGUCUGUAGGUACUGCGCUGUCCUGAGGCCUGGGCCAUGGUGCACAAGGAAAGUCCCUGAAGCUCUCCAGGAGGAAUAAGCAUGCAGGGCAUCCCUGGAGGAGGGACGCGCCCUGGACCGUCCCCCGUGGACAGGCAGAUGCUCCUGAUCUUCAGCUUUACCCUGGCAGUGGCUUUGGGCCAAAUGAAUUUCACAGGGGACCAGGUUCUUCGAGUCCUGGCCAGAGAUGAGAAGCAGCUUUCACUUCUCAGGGAUCUGGAGGUCCUGAAGCCCCAGAAGGUGGACUUCUGGCGUGGCCCAGCCAGACCCAGCCUCCCUGUGGAUAUGAGAGUUCCAUUCUCUGAACUGAAAGACAUCAAAGCUUAUCUGGAGUCCCAUGGCCUCGCUUACAGCAUCAUGAUAAAGGACAUCCAGGUGCUGCUGGAUGAAGAAAGAGAGGCCAUGGCAAAAUCCCGCCGGCUGGAGCGCAGCACCAGCAGCUUCAGUUACUCCGCAUACCACAACCUGGAGGAAAUAUAUAGCUGGAUUGACAACUUUGUAAUGGAGCAUUCUGAUAUUGUCUCAAAAAUUCACAUUGGCAACAGCUUUGAAAACCGGACCAUUCUUGUCCUGAAGUUCAGCACUGGAGGUUCUCGGCACCCAGCCAUCUGGAUUGACACUGGAAUUCACUCCCGGGAGUGGAUCACCCACGCCACCGGCAUCUGGACUGCCAAUCAGAUUGUCAGUGAUUAUGGCAAAGACCCCAUCCUGACAGACAUACUGAAGGCCAUGGACAUCUUCAUAGAGCUGGUCACAAACCCUGAUGGGUUUGCUUUUACCCACAGCAUGAACCGCUUAUGGCGGAAGAACAAGUCCAUCAGACCUGGAACCUUCUGCAUUGGCGUGGAUCUCAACCGGAAUUGGAAGUCAGGCUUUGGAGGAAAUGGUUCUAACAGCAACCCCUGCUCAGAGACUUAUCACGGGCCCUUUCCUCAGUCAGAGCCGGAGGUGGCUGCCAUAGUGAACUUCAUCACAGCCCACGGCAACUUCAAGGCUCUGAUCUCCAUCCACAGCUACUCUCAGAUGCUCAUGUACCCUUAUGGCCGAUCGCUGGAGCCCGUUUCAAAUCAGAGGGAGUUGUACAAUCUUGCCAAGGAUGCGGUGAAGGCCUUGUAUGAGGUCCACGGGACCGAGUACAUUUUUGGCAGCAUCAGCACCACCCUCUAUGUGGCCAGUGGGAUCACCGUCGACUGGGCCUAUGACAGUGGCAUCAAAUACGCCUUCAGCUUUGAGCUCCGGGACACUGGGCACUAUGGCUUCCUGCUGCCGGCCACACAGAUCAUCCCCACAGCUCAGGAGACGUGGAUGGCGAUUCGGACCAUCAUGGAGCACACCCUGACUCAUGCCUACUAGCAGCAUGACCGGGGCAGAGAGGAGGCUCCAUCCUUCUCCCCAAGAGCCUGAAACAGAGAAGUCAGCCUGGGAGCUACUCAGGCACACAGCAUCCCAGCAUAUUUACAUUUUAAGACGGCCUCGGAGGGGCCAGUGUUUGCUCUGAAGGAGAGCAUUUCUGAUGGAAAGGUGGGCCCAAACAGGCAGCCUUCACCUCGGUCUGCUUUACUUUCCAUGUGGGGAGGAAGCAGGGGCACAUUUCGGAGGUGACCAGUCACCCCUCAACCCAACACGAAGUUAUUGGCUUGUGACCUGCUCCCCUGAGGUGUCCUCAAAGGUCCUUUGGUCUUGGGAACACAGGGUCAGAGCCAGUCGGAGCCAGCACAGCAAAGCACCACGUAUCCAGGAAGAAGAGCUUCUCCUCAUCCUUGUCAUCACCGACACCAUCCUGGUUGUCAUCUCUGAGCAGGGUUGAGCAGGCGCUUCCCCAAGAGAGUUGAAGGGGCACUCUUGUGAGAUAUGAAUGAAGUGCCUUCCCCCAGCCCCAGGCUUCCCUGUACCUUUCACCUCUUCAUUCCGCCUGCUGCCUUCUGGGAAAUGGUGGGACAGGCAGGCUGCACUGGGCAGCAGUGAUAGCGGGGCUGUUUGCUCUGCCCUCAGGAAGGCUGAUACCCCGUAGAUACAGGAAGGGCCAAAUGAGGUUGUGUAAGUGUGAGGCAGAAACAUUGGUCUUGAGAGCAAGACUUGCAUUUGCAAGAGCCAGGCUAGUGUGUGUGUGUGUGUGUGUGUGUGUGUAAAACUGGAUGGCCACGAGCUGACACCUGGAGGAUACAGAGACAGGGAAGAAAACAGAGUGAAACCAAAAUAUUUGUGUAGAAGGCAUAAAAGUUAGAAUCACAGACUCCACUGGGUAAAGGUAUGACUUGCCUUAUUUAUCUCUCGCUUAUAUUAACUUAGCCUCCCUUUCCAUUCAACCUGUGAAGGGAGACAGUGCUUGGGCCAGUUGAUAGAAGAAGGGGAUGGGAAUUGAUUAAAACCCCAAGUGAGGCUCAUAUGCAAGAUGGCGUCUAAGCAGCAAAUGACUGAUGGCUGAACAAGGGAACAAGACGGAGGAUUAGAGGCAGCCACAGGGGCCGAGCAUGUCUCAGCGGUGCAGCUGUGUAGAACUCUGAACAAAGAAACAAGGUUGGCAUGUGAGGAGGCCUAGGAUAGAGGCCAGAAGGCCAAGCCUGGGGCUGUGCAGACAGCCGCCAUGGUGGCACAGGGGGCACUGGCUAGGCAUGCAGAUGCCCAGGGCCAGCUGUGCCACACAGAAGCCCAGAAGAAGUGAGGGUAAUUAACCCCUGAAGAACCCAGGUCAUCUUCAGGGGAACAGCCACAGCAGCAGAGGAGGAGAAAAUCUUGAUUCUGGCUGAAGUUUCCCACAAGAGACUUUUUUUUUUUUUUUUUUUUUUUUUCUAAGCUGGAAUUGGUCUGAGUGACCUAAAAUUUCCAACCCCAAGUUUUGUGCUGCCAGUGGAAAUUCGAGGUCAUGGGCUAACUUAAUAUAAGCUAGAGGUAAAUAAAGCAAGUUAUACCUUUG